AUGGAUACGAGAAGGAUAAUCUGCAACGAGUGUGAAAACGACGCUUUUGAAUUAGAAGACGGUUUUUUCUACUGUCAACGGUGCAGUGUUCGGGUUGAAGGUAUAAUCCAAACCGUCGUCAUAGACGAAGAUGAUUUCAUCAAUGAAGUUGCAUGGUCCAUACCAACAAAUGCAUGGAGAUCACCGCCAGCGUCGAGAUGGACGGUAGAGAUGUUGCCAAAUAUUACAGUAGUGAUGGUGGAGAAAGGAGAGUGUGUGAUAUGUUUGGAGGAAUGGAGCAAAGGUGAUAUGGAGACGGAGCUGCCAUGUAAACACAAGUAUCACUUGAAGUGUGUGAAGAAGUGGUUGGAGAUUCACUCCACGUGUCCUCAAUGUAGAUACGAGAUGAUGCCUCUUGAAGGUGAAGUUGUUGGUGUUAGCGUUGAUCCGGUCGGGGCGGGGGUAAGCUUGUGA